GUUGAGGUCCUUACUCUGUCGUCCGUCAUGGCAGAGACCAGCAACAAUGUUUCUUCGCGAGCGUCGGAUCAUGAUGCCAAUGCUGACGACUACAACAACAUCGCCCACCAAAUUAGCGAUAGUGUUGACACACUGACAUUAGACGUGAAUGGGGAAAGGCUAGAUAGCUUGUACGGUCCAGCUGAACCAAGUUCAUUGUCACCACCGUCUCAACCACAAGAAAUCGAACCAGCAGGGUUUUCAUGGGACGUCGUUCGAGAAUGGCCGGAUCGUCCUCGACAUGCGCGACGUCUGGCCAUCGAUCGAUUUGUGAGCAAACCUCGUCCCCUUCAACACGACUUUGCCUUUCUCUGUCGCCAAGAAACGACCAACGGCAUCUUUGAAGGCGACCGCUGCGACGUCACAACAAUGGGGGUCACCACCACGACGAGUGGAAAGUCCAUCGCGUUGCAGUCGUUCGACCCCGAUCACACGUUUGGCAUCGUUCAAGAUGGCGUGGACCUCAUCUACGAAGGCGAGCUUCGCGUGAAUAUGCCCCACGGCUACGGCGUCGGCUCCUACGCCAGAGGGGAGCGCUUCGUCGGGGUAUGGGCGCACGGACAGCCAAGCGGGCUGGGCCAGCUGACGUCGGCCGCGACCCCGAGUCUAUGUCACUACGGGUGGAUCUUUGGCACAACCGUGGUGCAUGCGUGGGAAAAGGGGAAACCGGUGGACGUCCCGUUGCCUCCGCCCCCUCGAGACCAGCCCCUGAGCGGGCUGUACGUCAUGUGCAAACGCCUGGAAAUCGCGAGGUUGUACCGGUUCCGCCACGUCAUGGAUCAGUGGCUGGCUGCCAUUUGCACGCAAACUGUGACAACGUCCAUCCACAGCCGCACGAUCGCGUUUGGGGCGUGGACCCAAGCGUGUAUCGCCCAGCAAGCCAGCAUCCGCCGCGAAGGGCUGCAGUUGCACUCACAGGACACGGACGACCAGCUGUUUCAAAAGGUCAAGGCGUUGGUCGCACACGACGCCACGGUGCGCGACAAAAACGAGCUGCGAAAGGAACGACUGCGGCAUGCCACGCUGACCAACACGACAACCGUUGCUUGUUUGGGCAUCGAGCGACGAAGCACCGAACUCGUCCAGGCCGACUUGGACGCUAUAGAAGCUGAGCUACAAGAUGCAAAAGCGGUGGGGGAGGGGCUAACUCUAGGGGCAAGGUUUGGCUAACGGGGGGGUGAAGUCGUAGGCGGAACAACGAUGCAUCGCCAUCCAACAAGAGUCCGCCGACAUUCGACGACGGAUUGAACGUGGCAAAGUCCAGUUGAACUACAUGAAGCAAGCACGGCGACCUGUCGCGUACGUCCGCCGACCGUCGCUGCUGCGAGGCCGCCGACGUUCUGCUAAAGUGUACGUGAACGACAGGUCCGACGAAGAUGCGGGCAUCGCGUUUGUGUGUGGCGUGGACGGGUGCGACUGCCAAGUGGACAAAACAGUGUUUCAUCCACUGGGAGAUCCUACAUUUGACGACUGACAUGACGACUCAAGCAAGAGCAUUUGUAUUAUUAUCAACCAAUCCAAAGAGCAACACGCAACACAGUAUUUCUGGAGUCUAGACUCUCGUUCCUGCGAUAUGGGGGGGCCAUCGAGCAGCAGCUAA